CACACAUCCACACAUCCACCCACCCACUCUUCCACCCACUGCCAGUGCCAGUGCCGCCUUCCCACUCAUCAAUUCCCCAAUCAUGUCACUUCCAUUUAUAUUAUUCAAGAUCUACGCUUCUUUCCCAUCCGCCACAUCGUCUCAUGAUUUUGAUUUCCUCUCGCGUAUUGUGAGUGUCUGGGAGCUCCAAGGCGACACCUAGCCUCUAGUUGUCGACGACAUAAUUUGUGUUGUACCCAACUUCGUCAUGUCGAAACUAAUUGAUUAUGCUGAAGUACAACAACAUAGGUCUAAAGAGUCUUGCUGGGUUAUCCUCUAUGGAAACGUCUGGGAUGUGACAGACUUUCUUCCCCAACAUCCUGGCGGCUCCUCCAUUAUCCUCAAGCUCGCAGGCAAAGAUGCUACCGAAGAUUACGAUCCGAUCCAUCCUCCUGGCACGUUGGAAGAGAAUCUUCCUGAGUCGGCACGAAUUGGACCCAUCGAUCCCAAGUCCCUUCCAGAGGCAGUAAAAGCUGCAAAGGAUGUCGGUCCCCAACCUGACACCGAGCUCGAAUUACCUCUCGCUGCUCUGCUGAAUAUGGACGAGAUCGAAGCCGCGGCGACAAAGAAGAUGUCAAAGAAGGGCUGGGCCUACUACUAUUCUGCCGCAGACGACCUCUACAGCAAACAACACAACAACCAAGUCUACCGCCAGAUUUUGCUUCGCCCCCGCGUCUUUGUCGACUGUAAAGAAUGUGAUCUUAGCACAACCUUCCUUGGCCUUCACCUCCAACUUCCCAUUUUUAUCUCUCCAGCUGCCAUGGCCAGGCUGGCACACCCAGAUGGAGAAUGGGGUAUUGCUCAGGCUGCCAAAAAGUUUGGCGCCAUGCAGAUGAUUUCCAAUAAUGCUAGUAUGACUCCUGAACAAAUCAUCAAGGACGCAGGCCCCAAUCAGGUGUUUGGUUGGCAACUAUACGUCCAGUCGGAACGCAAAAAGUCGGAAGAUAUGCUCGCGAGAAUUAACAAAUUGGAUGCCAUCAAGUUCAUCUGCUUGACUCUGGAUGCCCCUGUGCCCGGAAAGAGAGAGCAUGACGAAAAGGGAAAGUUCAGCCUUGAAGACACGAGCCAGGUGGUCAAGGACGCUGGAGGCACCGAGUUGAAAGGUGGUGGUGGUAUUGGCCAAUCCUUGUUUUUUGGCACCGAUCCAACCUUGACAUGGCAGGAAACCCUACCCUGGUUGAAGAAACACACUAGCAAACCCGUCAUCCUGAAAGGCUUACAAACCCAUGAAGAUGCCUACAUCGCUGCCCAACAUACUCCACAGGUCCAGGGGAUCAUCCUGUCCAACCACGGCGGGAGAGCUGUUGACACUGCCCCACCCUCGAUCCAUACUCUUCUCGAAAUUCGCAAGUACUGUCCAGAGGUCUUGACCAAAUUGGACGUCGUGGUGGACGGCGGCAUCAAGCGAGGCACCGAUGUCGUCAAGGCACUGGCACUUGGUGCCAAAGCCGUCGGAAUUGGUCGCAAUGCUCUUUUCGGCCUGGCAGCCGGCGGUGUUGAAGGCGUAGAACGAGUAUUAGAAAUUCUCCGGGACGAAACUGCCACCGCCUGUCGAUUGCUCGGAGCCGCCAAAGUUUCUGAUCUCGGCGCAAUUCAUGUCAACACAAGAGCUGCAGAGCGAGAUAUCUAUGACGGCCCCGCCAACCUGCCAGGUCUUGAAGGUACGUUGAAAGGGCUGUGGACAAAAUCAAAGUUAUAAUGUUGCUUCUGCUUGUGUGUAGUGCAAGGCGGUUUGUCCGUCGGUUUCAAGGCGGAAAAUGGUCGCCGUUUCAUCUUAGAAUGCUUCUUGGCCAAUAGAACUUCCAAACCACG